AAAAAAAAAAAAAGUGGCCGGCAACCAAUUUCAAACCACCUUCAAAACCAACCCCAUCAUAAACCCAUCACUCAUUCCAACAAAUCACUCAAAAUUUCAUCUCAUUUCACCCCCAAAUUUGACCCAAACAACUACACAACAUGACGGAAACGGUGGCCAUAGCCAGCGGCGGAGGCUGCGGCGGCGUUUGCUCCGGCGGCGGAGCAACCGGAAGAGCUAAAGACAGUAGUCAACUGUCGUUGUUGGAGCUGAUAUUGGCGGUUUUUAGAAAAUCAAUGGCGGCUUGUGUUGAUGAUCGAUAUGAAGAAACGAAAGUGAAAUCGAAGUUUAAUCAGAUGGAGAUUGGGUGGCCUACGGAGGUGAAGCAUUUGACUCAUGUUACGUUUGAUAGAUUUCAGGGGUUUUUAGGGCUUCCGGUUGAGUUUGAAGUUGAAGUUCCCGAAAGAGUACCCAGUGCCAGUGUUAGUGUUUUUGGUGUAUCUGCGGAAUCGAUGCAAUGUUCUUAUGAUUCGAGAGGAAACAGCGUCCCCACUAUUCUCUUGCUCAUGCAGAAGCGGUUAUAUGCUCAAGAAGGUCUAAAGGCAGAAGGAAUAUUCCGUAUAAACCCCGAAAACAGUCACGAGGAGCAUGUGCGGGCCCAGUUAAACAGAGGCAUGGUUCCCGAAGACAUAGAAGUUCAUUGCCUCGCAGGCUUAAUUAAAGCGUGGUUCAGGGAGCUGCCAUGUGGCGUGCUCGACGGGCUUUCACCUGACGAGGUUUUACAGUGUAACACAGAAGAGGAACGGGUUGAGCUCGUGAAAAAGCUAAAACCCACCGAGACAGCGUUGCUUAAUUGGGCUAUCGAUCUCAUGUCUGAUGUGGCUGAACACGAAGAAUUAAAUAAAAUGAAUGCUAGAAAUAUUGCCAUGGUUUUCGCCCCGAAUAUGACUCAGAUGUCGGACCCAUUGACCGCACUAAUGCACGCGGUACAAGUCAUGAACUUACUCAAGACCUUAAUCACAAAAACACUUAGAGAGCGCGAAGAGACUACCCCCACGUGGGGUCCACAAACCAACAAUGAGUUCACCAAUCGCGAGGAGAUGCAAACUAGUAGUGAACUCAGACGACCCGUAGUAUCAGAAGAUGAAGACAGAUAUGGUCGGGCCGACGACAGUGAUAAUGAAGUCGAAUCGCUAAGUGAGAUUGAAGAUAAUUUCUUGAAACAAAUAAAGGAGAACAAAAACGCCAAAAAUCGUUUCAAGAAAGAACUCAACGAUUUGGUAAUGCAACAUUCCAGCCCGACUAACGGUUUUGAUUCUAAAGAGGGAUCUUGAUUGUUGUAUGUGAAGUAACUGUUUAUUAUCUUUUAUUUAACUGUUGUAACCCAUGUAUACCAUGAAAAUGUUUUAUGUGAAGUCUUGUCUAACCCAUGUUAA